AUGAACAGUAGAAGAAGCAGCAGUAAUCCGAACCCUAGAGAUCGAGCUAAUAUUUUUUCUUUGUUAACAUGGACGUGGACUUUCCCUUUGUUUAAAACAUGUUGGAGUAAGAUUUUGGGAGUCGAAGAUUUAUAUGAUCCGGUCAAUAAAGAUCGAUCAUAUUUACUGGGCGAUCGAUUAGAAAAACAAUGGUUUACAGAACAGCAAAGAGCCAAAAGAAAAAAACGAAGUCCAAGUUUUUUGUGGGCAAUAGCUCGAACUUUUGCUUCCGAAAUUGUAUUAUUAGGUUUUAUUCAAAUAAUCACCGAGUUAGUUUUACGAUUAGGUACACCACUUCUCCUAGGUAGAUUUUUACAAUACUUCAAACCAGCAUCUGAUAUGUCUUAUGAAACUGCGAUAUGCUAUGCUACUGGUAUAGUUGCUUCAAAUUUCAUUACACUUACUUUAAAACAACAAACAAUGUUCAUCGGUUGUCACUUGGGUGGUCGAAUAAGAAUAGCCGCCUGCUCCGUCGUAUAUAGAAAGGCACUGCGCUUAAGCAAAAUUGCGCUGGGUGAGACGGCACCAGGUAGCAUCGUUAAUUUAGUGGCCAGUGAUGUCAACAGAUUCGAAAUUGUAUUCUCGCUCUUUCAUCAUAUAUGGUCAGCUCCAUUACUGGCCGUUAUUAUUAUGAUUUGGCUAUAUUCAGAAAUUGGAUGGUCAGCAUUCAUUGGAAUGAGUAUCAUAUUUCUUGUUGUACCAUUUCAAGGUUAUUUGGGAAAACUGUCUUCUAAAUAUCGAUUGCAAACAUCACUUAAAACUGACGAACGUGUGCGUUUGAUGGAUGAGAUACUUUCCGGUGUUCGAAUAAUUAAGAUGUACGCCUGGGAGAAACCAUUCUGUGCCUUAAUCGAAGUAGCACGUCGUCUUGAACUGAAAGUUGUUAAAAAAAGUUCUUAUAUUCGUGGUAUCUAUAUGACUUUCUUCAUCUUCACUACGCGUAUGGCUCUUUACGUAACUUUAGUCACAAUGUUGCUCAGAGGACAAGAACUUAAUAUGGAGAAGGUUUUUGUGUAUAUGUCCUACUUCAACUUGAUAUCUUUGACGUUAUCCUCUAUGUUUGUACGUUCCAUGGCUGAGAUAACCGAAUGUAAAGUAGCUAUCAAUAGAAUACAAUAUUUUUUAAUGUACGACGAAUUCCAGACAAACAUUGUUGAUAAUGAAAACAUAUUGAUACCUAACGUAAUACAUGAUGAUAGUUGGGCUAUAAAACUAGAACACGUAACUGCUAAGUGGGAUUUAUACUUAUCUCAGACUAUCUUUGAUGAUGUUGACUUGAAAAUCGAAAAAGGUAAAUUAUACAUCAUAAUUGGAAAGGUGGCUGCUGGAAAGAGUUCGUUUAUGUCUACAAUUUUGGGAGAACUAGUACUUUCUCAAGGCAGUGUUGAAGUAAAAGGAAGUGUCAGCUUUGCGGAUCAAGAUUCAUGGGUGUUUGGUGCUAGUGUCCGACAGAAUAUCCUUUUUGGGCAGGAAUUCGACAGACGAAGAUACACAAGAGUUGUUAAGGUAUGCGCAUUGCAAAAAGAUUUUCAACAAUUUCCGUAUGGUGAUAAAACUAUCGUUGGCGAACGGGGAAAUUCAUUAUCGGGGGGACAAAGAGCAAGAAUUAAUUUAGCGAGAGCAGUUUAUCGACAAGCUGAUAUUUAUCUUUUGGACGAUCCUUUGAGUGCGGUCGAUGCUCAUGUGGGAAAAAAAUUAUUUCAAGAAUGUUUUCAAAAGUAUUUAUCUGGGAAAACACGUAUAUUGGCGACUCAUCAGCUGCAGUAUUUAAAGAGUGCCGACGCCAUUCUUCUUUUAGAUCGAGGAAAACUAUAUCAAUAUAGUAAUUACCAUGAGCUUUUACAUGCCUAUCCAGAAUACAAUUUUUUGAUGACAGAAAGUAAAGACAAACAGGCUAUCGAAGAAACCGAUAGAAUACGAAAAACAUCUAUAACGAGCACACGGGUGAAUCAAGGGCGACGUAUUAGCGAUGUCAGACAAAAACAGUUUAUAAUCAGUGCACAAAAUCGACGUAUGAGUGAAAUUAAUCAAAAACUUUGUAUAUUCCCACAAGAUCAAAGUGUGAGUGAAACCAAUCGAAAACUUUCUAUAAUCAGCAUACAAAGUAUAAUUAGUGACAGUGGAUUAGAAUUUGAUGAAGAUGACGAUGAUGAAUUUGGACAAGAUAUCUUCUUCGAAGAUACGUCUCGUGCUACUGUGAAAGGUAGCCAUUUUGGAAACUACAUUAAGUCUGGUGCAAGUAACAUAGUUGCUUUCUGGAUUCUAAUACUCUAUUUAGGAACUCAAACCUUUGUUAGUUUGAAUGAUUAUUUCAUUCCUGUAUUGGUUGACGCUGAAGAAUACCGUAAUCAUUACAAUAAAUUAUAUGGAAAUAGUAGUUUACUUAUUACAAAAAACAAUAGUGAGAAAUUCCUUAAAGAGAAAGAUAUUUUAUCAAGAGAUUAUUACAUAUACAUCUAUACAGCGUUAGUUACAUCCAUCUUUUUAGUGGGCAUCACGCGUUCAAUUGUAUUCUACAAUAUGUGUCUACGCGCUAGUCAACAUAUUCACGAUUUAGCUUUCGGUGCGCUCAUUCGCGCGAAAAUGAACUUCUUUAAUACUAACUCGAGCGGUAGAAUCCUCAAUAGAUUUUCCAAAGACUUGGGAGCCAUUGAUGAGUUACUUCCCAGAGCUAUACUUGAUUCCGUGCAAAGUAUUCUUACGAUGGUUGGGACUGUUACCGUUACCUGCACUGUGAACUUAUGGUUCUUACUACCUGUACUUUUGAUCGGAAUUGUAUUCUACUUUAUUAGGUGGAUUUAUUUGAAGACGAGUAAAAAGAUCAAAAGGCUUGAGGGAAUGACUCGAUCUCCUAUGUUUACUCAUUUAAGUGCUACUCUUAAUGGGAUCACGACAAUCAGAGCAUACCAAGCAGAGAGUAUGCUGAAAAAAGAAUUUGACAAGUUACAAGACAUGCAUAGUUCUUCGUGGUACAUGUUUAUUGCAACUAGUAUAGCAUUUGGAUUUUCUUUAGACGUAUGCUGUUUCAUAUUUACGGGCGUUGUAACUUUCACCUUUCUUCUACUAAAAGAGCAUUUUACUGGUGGUACAGUUGGUUUGGCGAUCACCCAAGUGAUGUCACUUACGGGUCUACUACAGUGGGGUAUAAGACAAAGUGCCGAAGUAACAAAUCAGUUAAUGUCAGUUGAGAGGGUACUUGAAUACGCACAAUUGACAUGUGAAUCAAAUAUUCGAAAUAAAGGUAGUCUAAAAAGCAAGAAGACACAAAAAAGAGAACAUCGAGAAGAAAACUUGCUAGUCGAACCACCUGAAAAGUGGCCAGCGAUGGGUCAAGUUGAAUUUAAGAAUGUUUCUAUGCGAUACUUGGACGAAGAUCCGCCUAUCCUUAAAAAUCUGACUCUAAUUAUUCGUCCAACUGAAAAAGUAGGAGUCGUUGGUAGAACGGGGGCCGGAAAAUCAUCUCUCAUCUCUGCGCUGUUUAGAUUAGUGGAAAUAGAAGGUGUCAUUGAGAUUGACGGUAUUGAUACAGGAACAAUUGCUUUGGAAGAUUUAAGAAAAAGUAUAUCGAUUAUACCACAAGAUCCCGUAUUAUUUUCCGGAACGUUACGUCGGAACUUGGAUCCGUUCAAUGAAUUAUCAGAUAAACGACUAUACGAAGUCCUAGAAGAAGUCGAGUUGAAACCAAGUGAGAAUGGCCUUGAUCAUAAAGUGCUCGACAGAGGUUCAAAUUACAGUACUGGUCAACGACAAUUAAUUUGCCUUGCUCGAGCAAUACUGCGCAAUAACCGAAUAUUGAUGUUGGACGAGGCGACAGCAAACGUUGAUCCGUACACUGAUGCACUCAUUCAGCGUACUAUUCGUUCCAAAUUUGCAGCGUGUACCGUGCUCACCGUUGCUCACCGGUUGAACACCAUUAUAGACAGUGACAAAGUUUUAAUGCUGGAUAAGGGACGACUAGUAGAGUACAACCAUCCUUACCUUCUACUCCAAAACCAAAAUAGCCCAUUUUCAUUAUUGGUCAAAGAAACAGGACAAACCAUGUAUGAGCAACUUUUAUAUAUAGCACGUGAUUCUUACAUAUCCAAGUAUGUUAAUACGUAGAAAAGGAAUUAUUACAAGUGUUGUAUUGCUAUAUUGCCUUGAAAUGAAGUCCUAUUGGAACUCAAUAAUGAAUUGAGUUGAUGGCCUUCUAAUAAUACAAUGAGCUGAUAGUGGAAAUUAUUUCUAUUUUUAUAUUUUGUCAUUGUUUACUAUCUAACAAUUUCUUUUUACUGUAAUACUUCAUCAUAUGAAAAUAAUAAAAUU